AUGGGUAAUUCAGAUAGUAACGCAAGCAUUAAGGCCUUGCAUACUAACUAUAUGGUUAUUCGUAAUAUAAAGGAUGAUCCAAGAUAUGGAGAAGGUCGAAUAGUUUAAUAGAAACAGACAAAAUAGGAGGCAUUUUAGAAGGAAAUAAAUUUAACAGAUGAGGAUAAAUUCAAGAAAUUCAAAGUAUUGUUAGAAAAAAAGGAAAGUAAUAAAUAUGAAAAUCUUAUUAAUGUUACUAGUAAUUAAAAUUUGUAUAUAUAGAACUAUAUUUUCAUGAAGAAAGUUAAUUCUGUGGUUAAUUUUUUUAAAUUUACAUUUUAUUAGAAUAUAUUCCAUAAUCUUUAAAGGAAACCAUAGAGAAAAGAUUAACUAAUAAAUAAUAUUUUAAAGAAAAGGAGUUAAUGUAAAUUUUAAAAGGAUGCAUUGAUGCAUUAUUUAUUUUACAAUCUUAAAAUAUUACUCAUUAAGCUAUAAGACCAGAGACUAUUUCUUAUUAAGAAUAAUAAUAAUUAGUUAAAUUAUCAGAUCCUACUGUGAGUGGAUUGUUAAGUUCUUUUUAAUUAGUGGUGUAAGAAGAAUUAAAAUAAAUCAAUUAGUAUUAUUUAAGUCCUUAAUUAAUGUAAUCUUUGAAUGAUGAAGUAUAACCUUAACAUAAUCCUUAUAAAAGUGAUGUAUAUUCAUUAGGAAUGACAAUGUUACACCUUUCAACUCUUAAUAAUUGUGAUGAUUGUUAUGAUAUCCCAAAAUUAAAAGUUCUACUUUAAUAAGUUUAACGUAGAUUACAAUAGAUUGAAACUACAUUUUCAUCAUAAUAUGUUUCAUUAUUAAGAAAAAUGUUACUUUUAAAUGAAGAUUAAAGACCAGAUUUUAUUCAAUUGAAAUAUGAAUUAUAAGCUUCUUAGUCAUCAUAAUCAUAAUUUUAUGAAGAAUAAUAAGUUAUUUAAAUACAAAAAGCUCUUUAAGUGUAAAAUUAUGAAUAAAUAAUUGAGACAUCUCCAAUUUAAUUAUAAAGUAUGUAGAUGUUUAUGAAUUCUGAAGAAAGAAAUAAUUUGAAAAUCUAGCAAUCUAAUUAAUCUAUAAAGAAUAGUUAGAUUUAGAAAUCUUAAGAAUUAAGAUAAUCUCAAUAAAGCAAUCAAUCUAUUUACAUUGAACGUAAUGAAGUAAAAGAAUUGAGACCAGAUAUAAGUGAUCAUAUAAAAAUAGUAAUCAACUCUGGUAUCUUAUUAGUUACCCUUGUCAGAAUAAAUAGCUGAACCCUCAGGAAUAGAUGAUAAUAUUGGAAAUCAAAUUGGAAUAGAUAAGUCUAUACAUAUUACAAAUGAACCUGAAUAGUAAAAUAUAUUAAUGCCAGUUACUUCUUUUGAAACAUCCUAAUAAUAUGAACAGUUUAUAAAAAUGUAAUAAUCCAAAUCCAAUUAUUAUAUAACAGAUUAAUCAUAAAAAGUUGAUUAAAAUAUGCGAUUUAUUAAUUCAAUUAAUACAAAAAGAAGUGAUAUUGAAAAAGUAAUAGAAAUAUAUCCAAAUGGAUCUAAAUAUGAUGGUGAGAAAUAGAAUGGUUUGAGACAGGGUUAUGGUAUUUUUUAUUUUUAAGACAAUGGUGGAGUUUAUGAAGGUCAAUGGUAUGAUAAUAAAAUGCAUGGAAAUGGUAAUAAUUUACUUUUUAAUAAAAGGAACACUUUUUUAUGCAUCAGGUAAACCUGCAUAUGAAGGAUAGUGGGUUAAUGAUAAGUUUUAAGGCAAAGGAACUUUGUAUAAUGAAGAACCAUAAAUGUUAUAUAGUGAAUUUGAUUAUAGAGAUUUUGAUUAAGUUGGAGAGUAUGUAUUUUGAAUUAAUCUUAGAUAUUGGACUAAAUAUGUUGGACAAUUUUAUGAUGACAAUAAAGAGGGUUAAGGAAUUCUAUAUUUGUCAAAUGGUGAUAAAUUUGAUGGAACUUUCAUUUAAGAUUUAAUUAGUGGUUUAGGAAGAUAUAUCAAAGUUAAUGGAUAAAUUAUAUAAGGAAGAUGGUGGAGAAACAAACUAUAAUAAUGA